UGGAAUGACCUCAUUUUAGCAAAACAGGAGUUUGAUGAAGCUGUGAAAUUGAGAGAGAAAAAGCUGAACGAGCAAGAGAAGAUGGGGGAACGCCUUUUGGGAGAAAUAGAGAAUCUUGAGAAGAGAAGUCGGUGGAAAAUAGGUUUAUGGAGAUUAGUAUGAAGGAGAAGGAGUUUGAGGAAAAGUUGAAUAAGGUUCGCGAAGAAUCACAUGCCCUUCAUUUGAAAGAGAGAAAAUUCGCUGAAGAUUCUCAAGUUAAGGAAGAUAUUUUACAGUCGAGGGAGAAGGAACUUGAAACAAAACUAAGGAGCUUGGAUACUGCGAUGAAGGAACUUACAAUGAAGGAAAAUAGGCUGGAUACUGCGACGAAGGAACUUGAAACAAACAUAAAGAGCUUGGAUUCUGCGAGGAAGGAACUUACAGUGAAGGAAAAUAGGCUAGACAAAGCGACAAAGGAGCAUGAAACAAAAGUAACGAGCUUGGAUUCUGCGAAGAAUGAACUUACAAUGAAGGAAAAUAGGCUGGACAAUGCGACGAAGGAACUUAGAGAAAAGGAACUAAGAGAGAAGGCUAUGUUGACAAAGGAACUCCAAGAAAAGACAAGUAAUGUGGAUUCUUUAAAGAAGAAACUUACUAUCAAGGAAGACCACCUGACCUCAAUGAAGAAGGAACUGGCGCACAAUGACAAGAGUCUGGGUACAAUUAAUAAUCAACUUGAACUCCAAGGGCUGGAGUUGAAUUUACUUGAGGGAAAAGUCCAAUUAAGGGAGGGAGAGCUCAGUUCUAUUAAGAAGGAACUAAGAGAGAAGGUAACUAUGUUGGAUUCUGUGACGAAAGUACUCCAAGGGAAGACAAGUGACUUGAAUUCUUUAAAGAAGCAACUUAGUAUCAACAAAGACCACCUGACCUCAAUGAGGAAGAAAUUGGAGCACAAGGACAAGAGUGUGGAUACAAUUAGGAAUAAACUUGAACUCAAGGAGCAGGAGUUUAAUUUACUUGAGGGAGGACACCAAUUAAGGGAGGGAGAGCUCAGUUCUUGUAAAAGGGAACUAAGAGAGAAGGUAACUAUGUUGGAUUCUGUGACGAAGGAACUCCAAGGGAAGACAAGUAACUUGGAUUCUUUAAAGAAGAAACUUACUAUCAAUGAAGACCACCUGACCACAAUGAAGAAGAAAUUGGAGCACAAGGACAAGAGUGUGGAUACAAUCAAGAAUAAACUUGAACUCAAGGAGCAGGAGUUGAAUUUACUUGAGGAAAGACUCCAAUUAAGGGAGGGAGAGCUCAGUUCUGUUCAAGAGGGAUAUAGGCAGCCCUCAGAAGAACUUGAUUCUACGAAGAAGAAACUGGAUUUAGUUGAUGGUGAGUUUCAACUAGAAAAGGAAAAAUACCAAACAGAACAAGGAUUAUUCAAGAAAAGCAUGAAAGAUAUAGAACUUAAAGAGAAACAGGUUGAGGUGAAAUUUAGAGAGGUUGAACAAAGAAAAAAACACAUGGAAGAUCGGUUUAAAGUGCUUGAGGAAAAAAUGAAGCAACUGAAAACUAUUGGUAAUGCUCCUGAGCCUAUUGACAAUGUAGAAGCUGAUACCACCUCUACUGAUUCUGCUGAUAUAAAACUUGUUCUGACGAUGGAUGGGAAGGCUUUACAGAUAUUCUUAAAUGAGCACGAGAAGAAGCUAGAUUCAAUGUCUGAUGAUGUUUUUAGGACCCUUCAUUUGUCUCGCAACCCUGCACAAUUGGUGCUUGAUGCAAUGGAAGGGUUCUAUCCUCCCCACUUGAUGAUGAUGAAGGGAGAUACAGAGUUUGAGGGCAGUGUUGCCAGGAAGACCUGCAUUCUUCUGUUAGAGCAGUUAAUUAGAGUCUCACCAAAGAUUCAACCUACUGUGAGUGAAAGAGCAAUGAAACUGGCAAGUGAGUGGAAGUUUAAAAUGACUGGGAAUCAAUUAGAGAUCUUGGGCUUCUUGUAUCUGUUGGCUUCUUUUAAUCUGGUCUUUGCUUUUGAUGCGGAUGAGCUUAUGAACCUGCUCGCUGUCGUAGCUGAGCAUAACAAGUCAAAGGAGUUGUGUCGCCUUCUUGGUUUCACAGAGAAUAUUCCUUUUUUGAUGACAGGUUUCAAGGCAGAUGUAACUGCAUCUGUCAUUUCUGAGGCUCAAAAACCACAGCAGACUCAGCUGAAACACAAGGAAUCAACUAGUCCAUCUGGUCGAGCUGAUAUCAAGGCCCUCAGCUAUACCUCAUCCACUGGAAAGGCCUCCACUUGCAUGUUAGGUCAUUCCAAUGCUAUGGCUGCCAUCCUUGUGAGUAUGGGCGGAAAGAACUUGCAGACUUUUCUGAACAAUCAUUGGAAAGAACAGGAGUUGUUGCGGAUUGAAAUCUCUAGAGCUCUCAAAUUGUCAUCUGACUCGGGGAUGCUUGUGUUGGAAGCACUUGAAGGAUUUUAUCCUCCAGAACCUCAUAAUGAAGAAAUUUUAUUUGAUCGUAGUGUCAUCCGGAAAAGUUGCAUCUUUCUACUGGAACAAUUGAUGAUACUCUCACCAAAACUUAAACCAGAAGCCAAACUGGAAGCUCGCAAGCUUGCAUUUGACUGGAAAGAAAAGAUGAAAGCUGAAACAGAAGACCAUCUGGGAAUCUUGGGUUUUCUGCUUCUAGUGGGUGCCUACGGCUUGGCAUCUGCCUUCGAUAAAGACGAGCUUGAGAGUUUGUGCCACACUGCAGCACAGGAUGAUAAUGCAUAUCCGAUUUUUCAUGUACUUGGUAUUGCAGGAGAACAUCCCUCUAAAACUGAACCUCUUUCCAACAAUGUGGAGAUGAAAUGCAAGGGAUGUGAUUUAACCUCUGGUUGUUCAUUAAGUUUUAUUCAUUGUUUAUCAGAUCCUGCAAAGGUUGUCUUGGAUGCAUUGCGGAAGUGUCGUUCUACCAAUUUGGGGAAGUAUAAAUAUGGCCCAUUAGUUAUGAAGAGUUUCUCUGAUUUGUUGGAACAUCUGAGAGAAGUUUCUCCAGAAAUAACACCACAGGUUAAAAUAGAUGCAAUUGUGCUUGCUGUUGAGUGGCAAAAAACAUUUACCGGAUCGCAGCUGAAUCCUUCAGAGGUCCUAGGCUUUUUGCAACUUCUAGCUACUUUUGAAUUAUCAUCAUCUUUUGAUUCAGAUGAGCUUCUACCUCUAUUGAAGAUUGUUUACAAUUCUAAAAGAGCAAUUAAUCUGUUCAAAAUCCUAGAGUUAGCAGAUAAGAUCCCAUGCUUUAUUGAAAAUCUGAUUAAGAGAAAACAGUGGCUGCUGGCAAUUAGGUACAUCUAUGUGUAUGAACUUGUUGACUUGUUUCCACCUGUGCCUCUCCUUAAAGACUAUGUGCUCUACUCAAAAGAGCAAGCCAAGAAAAUACGUGAUAAUGGACUCGGUUCUCGUGAAGCCCAAGAAAAGGCUAUAAAUUGUGAAAUAUCUGUGUUGAGAGCUGCAAUUAAAUGCAUUUUGUCUCGCAACCUUCAAUCAGAAUACUCACCUGACAUUCUUCGAGCUCGUAUUGCAAAGCUUCAAAGGCAGAUGGCAGACCUAAGGAUCCCGAACCAACACUCCGGCAAUGACAGAGAUGAAGGAACUCUCUGUGCUCCAGCUUCUCAAGUGCAAAAAGCGGCCACAAAGAAACGUCUUGCCUCAGCUACUGAGGGUGUUUCUGUACAUGAGUCCCGACUGCAACACUGCGGCGACGACAGAGGUGAAGGAACUCUCUGUGCUCCAAUUUGUCAAAGUGCAAAAAGCUGCCACACAAAAACGCCUUGCUUCAGCUACUGAGGGUGUUACUGUACAUGAGUCCCGACAGCAACACUCCGGCAACGACAGAGAUGAAGGAACUCUCUGUGCUCCAAUUUGUCAAGUGCAAAAAGCUGCCACACAAAAACGCCUUGCUUCAGCUACCGAGGGUGUUAC